AUGAAGGUGGCUGUUCUGUGUUUAUGCCUUAUCAGCGUCACUGUGGCAUGGCCAGUGAGUAAAUCCAAGCAGCAUGCCAUUUCUGCCAGCUCUGAAGAAAAAUAUGACCCCAGAGGCCGUCACUCAUAUAGAUAUCACCACCACCAUGUGAAUUCUCAGUCUUGGGAGAGUCUGCACCCACAGAAUGACCUGGCGUCACCUCAGCAGACUCUUUACUCUUCAGAAGAAAGCAUGGAUGUCCCAGUACAACCGCACUUUCCUGAUGUAUCAAGCAAGAGCCAUGAAGAUGUGGAUGAUGACGACGAUGAUAAUGAUUCCAAUGACACAGAUGAAUCUGAUGAGAUUGUCACGAGUUUUCCCACAGAUAUUCCAGUAACGGUACCCUUUCCUCCUUUCACCCGGGGAGACAAUGCCGGCAGAGGUGACAGCGUGGCCUACAGGGCAAGGGCAAAAGCCACAGUGGUGAAGUCUAGCAAACUCAACAAAGCUGCGAAAAAGCUUGCUGUGUAUGAUGCCACUGAAGAGGAUAAGAGUGCGCUGGAUGCAGACAGCCAGCAAGCAGGGCUCUCCCGGGAGGAUCCUGCUGCCCACCACUCCCUGGGGAAGCAUGCCAUCAGCGGGGAAUGGGCUGACAAGAGCCACGGGCAGGACAGCAGCGAGCUGGACAGCAAGCAGCAUGACCGGAGCAUGGAAAACGACAGCCGGCAGAAAUUUGAUAGCCAUGAGGCGGAAAGAGAUGACAGCAAGGCUGGUGUCAGAGGGGAUAGCCACCAGAGCAUGGAAAGCAGGGAGAGCCAGGUCCACGUUUCAGCUGAGAUCCCUGAUGAUAACAGCAAUCAAACGUUGGAGAGUGCCGAGGACGCUCAAGAUCAUCACAGCAUCGAAAAUAAUGAAGUCACCCUUUAA